AUGCGUUUCUUCGUCGCCAUCUCAUUCCUAAUCGCCGCUGCCAGAGCGAAGCCAGAGCAGAUCCGAGGCGUAAGGGAGCCCAUCUACCACCUCUACCUCCAGGCACAUCCCGAUGAUCCGACCAAAGUGGUUCUAGGCCCCGAGGCAUCGGCCGACACUUUUGAGAUCGGCGGCACCAUCCAGUCUGCGAGCACGAAACUCUUCAUCAACAUUGGAGAUGACAGCACCUCCUACAAGACCUUAACCUUUGGCAAGGAGGGCGAGACGACAGCAUGGGGCCUCGAAGGCGAUACCAUCAUCACGACGACUGGAAGUAGUUUCGGAAGGCAGCUCAACUUCCUCGUAUGUAGUAUCAACGGUGGUUACUGGGAGGUGUUCCUCCAAACGGGUAGCGACCAGCCUAGUGGGAAGACGUGCAGUAACUACCAGACCAUCCACCUCCCCUGCCUCUGCUAG